CUAAGGUAGUAAAAUAGACCAAUGAAAAGCUAUAUUUCGCGUUCCAUUUCUCAUUCAACCAACUUUGCGCGACGACAACUUUGACAACUUUGGGAAGAACAACCGCCUUGUCUCUUCUUCCAUCUCUCUUUUAUUACCCCCAACCUCAAUCGCCUUUCAUCAUAAAAUAUACUUGAUCCCUGAACAGUCAAGUAUUGAUCGCAAUUACACAUUCUCUCUGUGUAAUAUUUAAUAAUUGAUUAAUUCAUUCAAUUCCCUUAAUUCCCUGCGCAAUCAUGGGGAAGAAGAAGCGCGGCCACCCCGAUGUCGAGGACAUUCUUUCACGUCCUUGGUGUUACUAUUGUGAAAGAGACUUUGAGGAUCUCAAGUUGUUAAUAUCGCAUCAAAAAGCUAAGCAUUUCAAAUGUGACAGAUGUGGACGGCGACUUAACACUGCCGGAGGUCUCUCCGUCCAUAUGAAUCAAGUCCAUAAGGAAUCUUUAACGUCAGUCGAAAAUGCGCUGCCUAACCGACAAGGCCUCGACGUAGAGAUUUUCGGUAUGGAAGGAAUCCCCGAGGACAUUGUCACACAACACAAUCAGCGUAUCAUCCAAAACUUCUACCAAGCUCAAGCCGAACGUUACGCUGCCACUGGCAAUCCUCCUCCUGGACAGGGCGAGAAAGGGCCAGCCAAGAAGCUCAAGAUCGAGACUCCCGAUGAGAUCAAGAAGCGACUAGCAGAGCAUCGCGCAAGACUGGCAAAUCAGAAGUCUGCUAUGAAUGGAGGAAGCGCAACCCACACACCUCGCGAAGGCUUGCCCGAACGACAGAGUCCUGCCCAAAGCGCAUCUCCUGGCGCAUUUAACUCACCUUUCCCUCCACCUGGCGGCCAAUACCAAGGCUUCCCUCCACAGUCUGCCGUACCGGGCUACUCACCGCCUCCCCAGUACCCUGGCGCAUACCCUCCGCCGACGUUGCCUACCCGACCUGGAACCAACCUCGCUGCACCUGCUGGAUUACCUCCUCGCCCGGGACAAGCUGGCUGGCAAGGAGGUUCUUCGACCAUCGACGAGCUCGUAUCCGGUGCUACACAACAAGGCGAUGAUAUCGACCAGAUCAUUCGAAUGGCAGAGGCUGGCAUCAAGCCAAUUAGGAAAUCCGAAGCAACUGCCGAAGCAGCGGCUGAAGGAACAGAGAAGAAAUCGAAGAAGGACAAGGACAAGAACGUAAAGAUGAUAUACGACGACGAGAUCAGCCCGGAGGAGAGAAUGGUGAUGAUGCCCAAAUAUACUUUCACCCCGGAAAUUAGUGUCUAGGAUGAUGGGGGGGGAAAACAAUCAUGUAAGAUAUUAAAGCAGUGAUUCUGGGUGGGUAGUAUAUGUGUGCUGCAUUCUUGGAGCUAACAUUAGGAAGAAUAAGUUCGCUUUGAGGCCCUGGGCAGUUCCACCGAGGAUUAAAGGUACUAUACCCACAACCAGGUGAGAAACUGCAUCCGUAAUAUCGACCUCGGGCGAUAGUGGGUGAAGAGAGUACC